UUUGGUUCAGUGAUUGGCAUUUCACGUGAGCGAGCUCGAUUCACUCGUUCACAGCAGUAAUCGGACAAGCCCUGUAAUGACAACGUCAUGUCAAGCAUGUCGAUUGGUUUGAUACUGUUCCCUGUGCGGACAGUAAAACGUCUUCGUUCUUACGGCCCUCUUUCUCUCUCUCUCUCUCUCAAGAUGCCAACGGAGCAAUAUCCAUGAUAAAGCUAAAACCUUUGUUCUUCCUCAUCUUCUUCUCCAGUACAUAUUUUCUUUGACUACCCAAAACUCUUCCUUCUGUACUUCUGAUUGUUAAAUCACAUGGGUCGAUCGACUUCUGCUCCUUUUUAUUUUAUCUUCAAUGAAGCCCAGAUCUUUGAUUUAAAGGUUGCUUCUUCUUUUUUUCUGUUGGGUUCAGUUUGAUUUUGUGAUUUUGUUUUAGUUUCCUAUCUGGGUCUGUGAUGAUAUUUGGAUCGAGUCAAACCCUGGUCUCUAUCCCGUUUAGUUGGAAGAGAUGUUCGGAAGAGUAGUCGAGAUUCUCGGUGAGAUGAUCUUAGGAGUGGUUCACUUUUUUUCUUGGAUCGGAUUUUGGUGUCUGGGAUCUGAUUGUCCUGUAGUUCCUUUAUUUGCCCUUUGCGCUUGAAAUGACGGAAAUUGGUCUCUGAUGAUGGUUUGAGUCUCCUCCUUCGAAGGAGCUUCCGAUUUCGAUUAUCUGUUCAGUUGAAGUUGACUCAUAAUCCUGGCUUGAGAUAUGUUCAAGCAGAUUCUUGGAAAGUUUCCUAAGAAGGCUUCUAUGAAGUUCUCUGAUAAUGGUGACUCUUUGGGUUUUUCAUCUUCUCAUCUGGGUACGCACGCUUGUCCCAGAAACGAUGAGCCCAUGAGUGGAGACAUAGCCAUUGGUCAUGAUCUUAGUUCAGGAUACAAUCAGGGAGACAAAAUUUCCAGUCAUUUAGAUCAGAGAUCGAGUGGAGACAUGUCUUAUGUUCCUGUCCAACCAUUGCCUAGACUGAGGGAUGUUUCGGUCUCUGAGAAGCAGGAUGUGUUUCUUCAGAAGCUUAAGCUAUGCUGUGUAGUGUUUGAUUUCGUCGAUCCUUCAGGAAACCUGAAAGAGAAGGAGAUCAAAAGGCAAACACUGCUUGAACUUGUUGAUUAUGUUAUCUCAGCGGGUAAUGGAAAAUUUUCUGAUUUGUUUGUUCAAGAAGCUGUGAAGAUGAUAUCAGUGAAUCUCUUCAGGUCUUCUUCCACUUCCCAGCCCUGCAAGAACAAAGCACUAGAAGUGUUUGACUUGGAAGAAGAUGAGGCAUGUCUUAACCCUGCUUGGCCCCACUUGCAACUCGUGUAUGAAUUCCUUCUAAGAUUUGUAGCAUCUUCUAACACAGAUCCAAAGUUGUCCAAGAGAUACCUUGAUCAUACCUUUGUACUCAUGUUGUUGGAUUUGUUUGACUCGGAGGAUCCAAGGGAGAGAGAGUAUCUAAAAACAAUACUCCACCGGAUAUAUGGGAGGUUUAUGGUUCAUCGCCCGUUCAUCAGGAAAACCAUGAGCAACAUCUUUUACCGGUUUAUGUUCGAGACAGGGAAACACUACGGAAUUUCUGAAUUUCUUGAAGUUUUGGGAAGCAUCAUCAAUGGCUUUGCUCUUCCACUUAAAGAAGAACACAAGCUCUUUCUUGUCCGGGUGUUGAUUCCUUUGCACAAACUGAAAUGCCUUCCAAAUUACCAUCAACAACUCUCCUACUGUAUUAUACAGUUUGUGGAGAAAGAUUGUAAACUUGCUGAUACGGUUAUAAGGGGCUUGCUCAAGUACUGGCCAGUCACUAAUAGUUCCAAAGAAGUCAUGUUCUUGAACGAGUUGGAGGAAGUAUUAGAAGCAACCCAACCUGCAGAGUUUGAACUGUGUGUGGUACCUCUUUUUCGCCAAGUUGCUCAAUGUUUGAGCAGCUCUCACUUUCGGGUGGCUGAAAGGGCUCUGUACUUGUGGAGCAAUGGCCAUGUCAGUAAUUUGGUGAGACAGAACUGCAGAGUCGUUCUGCCGAUAGUAUUUCCAGCCAUGGAGAAAAACGGUAGCAGUCACUGGAAUCAGGCCGUCAAAAGCUUGACACAGAAUGUUCUGAAAGUCAUCUCCGACAACUAUCCUGAACUAUUUGAGGAAUGCUUGCUCAAGUUUCAAACAGAAGAAAGAAAAUCAGAGGAUACUAAGAGGAAGAAAGGAGAAGAAGCAUGGAGGCAGAUAGAGGAGAUUGCUGCAAAGAGCCAUCAUAUCAAUGGUGAAGUAAUUCUCUGAAAACUUCCCGCAUCCAGUAAUCAAGUACUUGCUAGUUGCUACAUGAGUUCAUGGACCUUGCAAAACGCCAUGCAAGCAAAAAAAAAAAAAGUUUCUUUCAUCUAUCCUUUUUUUUUGGCUGAGGUACAAAUCUGAGUCGUUAUUUCCCCCCGGGUCCGAUUUAUUCAAUGAAAGGGUGAGAUAUAUUAGUCAGACGCAUAUGUAUAUACUGUGUCUUGCAGUUCUUGAUUGUUCAGAUGCUUUGUUCUUGGUAAAAUUUCGUUAUGUAUAAUCAUUGCUCAUAUGAUUGUUUUUUC